GUACGUAUCCAGCAGUGCGGGUGGAAUCAACUCUGUCUCUCUGUCCAGGUCAGUUCGUCAGUUUUUGAACACUUUCCUGCGUCCUAUUCUCUCACACUUUCUCUCUCUCUCUCUUUCCUUCACCUUCCGACCCUUCACCCCCACCUUUUCGCCCAACCACCUCAACCACCACCAUCACCUCGACCUCUCAACCUUUCACUAAUUCCAUUCCACGACCCGCCACCACCACGAUAAACUAAACAAGAAGAAAACGACCGUCGGCCCAGCCCAGGACAAGACUUUCUCUAUCUCUCUGUUUUCACUAGAAAGCAGCUGUUUCAGAGUUUUUCCUAGCGUGUUGAGAAGCUAUCAAGGGGAGUCAAGAUGGCAGCCUUCGUGGCCAAACAAAUGGUCGGCAAUAAGCUGAACGCCGUUAAAGGUGCGGUGGGCGGGGAUGGAGAGGGCGAGACGGACAAGGAGAAGGAGGAAGAAGCCGAACGUGAACGUCUGGAGGCCAUCCGUGAAGCGGAAGAACGAAGGAAAGAGAAACACCGAAAGAUGGAGGAAGAACGGGAAAAGAUGCGACAAGAAAUCCGCGACAAGUACAAUAUAAAGAAGAAGGAGGAGGUAGCGGAGGCGGCCGCCGCGGACGCCGUGCCAGACAAUCCACUCAUGCGAAAAAAGAAGACUCCCGAAGAGCUCGCCAAAGAGACAGAGGAAGCCGACGAAGAUGAGCUCACAAAAUUGAAAAACACGCUGGAAACCCACGUAAACGAGAUCAAGACGCAAAUCGAGAGUAAAUGCGUGUUGCAGUGAUCUCCUCCACGCCAUCGGAUUCAUUCCACUCGCCCCUCCAACCAUUUCAAAUUCAUCAACGUCAACAAUCUACUAGAGAUAUUAAUACUUAAAAAAUAGGACAACAU